GUGGCUGCAGAGCACUGGGAGAUGGUGUGAAGAGUCAGUCGACACUGAGAAAUUUCAUCUUUGCUUAUUUCUUUUUUCUCUGUGUUUCUCCCUCCAGGAAGCUCAGGUGACGGUAGAAUGUGCCAUACCCCAGAAAUUCCAUCGCUCUGUCAUGGGCCCCAAAGGUUCCCGAAUCCAGCAGAUUACCCGUGAUUUCAACGUUCAGAUUAAAUUCCCGGACAGAGAGGAGAACCCAGUCCACAGCCUGGAGCCCAUCGUCCAGGAGAAUGGGGAUGACGCCGGGGACGGGAGGGAGGCCAAGGAGGCUGAGCCCGGCUCGCCAAGGAGGUGCGACAUCAUCGUCAUCUCUGGCCGGAAGGAAAAGUGUGAGGCUGCCAAGGAGGCCCUGGAGGCAUUGGUUCCUGUCACCAUCGAAGUGGAAGUGCCCUUUGACCUGCACCGAUACGUCAUUGGGCAGAAGGGAAGCGGGAUCCGCAAGAUGAUGGACGAGUUUGAGGUGAACAUACACGUCCCAGCGCCCGAGCUGCAAUCUGACGUCAUCGCCAUCACGGGCCUCGCUGCGAAUUUGGACCGGGCCAAGGCAGGGCUGCUGGAGCGCGUGAGGGAGCUGCAGGCCGAGCAGGAGGACCGGGCUUUACGGAGUUUUAAGCUCAGCGUCACUGUGGACCCCAAAUACCAUCCCAAAAUUAUUGGCAGAAAGGGGGCAGUGAUCACCCAAAUCCGCCUGGAACAUGAUGUGAACAUCCAGUUUCCCGAUAAGGAUGAUGGCAGCCAGCCCCAGGACCAAAUUACCAUCACGGGGUAUGAAAAGAACACGGAAGCUGCCCGGGAUGCUAUAUUGAGAAUCGUGGGUGAACUCGAACAGAUGGUUUCCGAGGAUGUUUCGCUGGACCACCGUGUUCACGCCCGCAUCAUCGGUGCCCGCGGCAAAGCCAUUCGCAAAAUCAUGGAUGAGUUCAAGGUGGACAUCCGCUUCCCGCAGAGCGGGGCCCCAGACCCCAACUGCGUCACUGUGACGGGGCUCCCCGAGAACGUGGAGGAGGCCAUCGACCACGUCCUCAACCUGGAGGAGGAAUACCUGGCCGACGUGGUGGACAGCGAGGCGCUGCAGGUCUACGCGAGGCCCCCGGCCCAUGAGGAGUCCAAGGCGCCGUCCAGAGGCUUCGUGGUGCGCGAUGCUCCCUGGGCCGCCAGCGGCAGUGACAAGGCUCCGGACAUGAGCAGCUCCGAGGAGUUUCCCAGCUUUGGGGCUCAGGUGGCCCCCAAGACCCUCCCUUGGGGCCCCAAGCGAUAAUGAUCAGAAGCAGAACCUCCAGCCUGCUGACCCGAACCCGGCCACGCGACGGUUCACCUCGUCCGACCCAGCGGCUGGACCCCCGCAACUUGUCGACACGCUCCCCUUCCCGAGGUCUCGCAGCGAAGCCUGGCGCGGCCGGCGCUGUGCGGCUUCUCUGGGGCCCGGUGGCUCCGCUCAGGACGUCUCCCCGACACUGGGCUCUGGGCCUCCGCGUUUCAACACUAAUAAGCAAAGGUAGCCGGCGUUUUCGUGACGAGAUGACAGACUCCAGCUUCUGGUCCACCCAGCAUGUCGGCCGCCACUCUGCCGUCGUUGCGGGAGCUCUGCAGCUGUGGCUGGGAGUCGACUUCCUGUGUCAUGACCUCAGGAAAUAAAUUUCCUUGACUUUAUAAAAGCCAAAACGUUUGCCCUCUUCCU